CCACAGUCAGUGAGGAGUUUUCAUGGGGUGCUACACACACUGUGUCAUAUGUUGUUUAAAAUUUCGUGUAGAUCCUGAAUGAAGCAACAUGACAGGACGUGCAUUUUCCUGUCGUUUCUCAACCCAGGAUCUGCCAAGUCCCAUGCUGCAUUCUCCACCAACCAAGCAGCUUCAUAACUGUAGUUUGUGUAUGGCGUUCUCCUAGCCCUCCUGCUUGUUGUGACCAUCCUAUUGUACACAAAUAUUAAAUACUGAGAAUAUUGCCAUCCAGACUCCUUCAGGGUUGGUGUUUGAUGUUUUCUAGCAGGGCCCAAAAUGUUACAACAGACCAGGAAAAGAGAUUACUCCAGCAGCUCCGAGAGAUCACUAGGGUCAUGAAGGAAGGUAAACUCAUAGAUGGCAUCUCCCCAGAGAAGGAAGCUGAAGAAGCUCCUUAUAUGGAGGAUUGGGAAGGUUAUCCAGAAGAGACCUAUCCUGUCUAUGAUCAUUCUGAUUGCUUCAAGCAUAGACAGGACACAAUCCUUGUGGAUUACCCUGAUCUGAACGAGCCCUCUGCUGAAGAGAUAGCUGAAAGAAUGGAGGUUAUGGAAGAUGAGGAUUAUUUGUGUAGUGAAACUUUACUGUCUGAUCUCACUACAGAGUGCGAAAGCCGUGAUAUGGGACAGAAAAAGGACCAGCAGAUCAGCUUCAGUGACCAAGGUGGUAUCCUCCAUCACAGCCAUAACUUUGAGAAGUGCUACUGUUGCCACUAUGACAAGGAUGAUCCUGCUGUCAUAGCAGAGAAUGCUGGGUUCCAUGCUGACAGCUGCAGUGAGGCUGAAGACACAGCCAAAGAUGAUCUCUUCAUGGAUUCUGACAACGAAAAUGCAGGACUGAAAAGCCAAAAAGCCAAUGAUCCAGAUGCAGUAGGCACACUGAGAAAGCGAAACACAAAGGGACUUGAGUAAAGGGGACCACCAUGUGUGGCUAUAGCAAGAUUCCUCAAACUCUCAGACCUGCACUCUUUGUUCUUGACCCACAUUUAUCUUCUCCGUUUCCAGCUCUUGGCACUAUUUCCAGUCCCUUGGCCAUGAUCGCACCGCCACCACCAUCUGAAUUGGAAGCUAAUGGCCCUCUUUAAAUUACUCCAUUAUUACAUCCAGCACUUGCUUGCUAGAGGCUGUUAUGAACGGGAACAGAAGAUAUCCACUAUUCCAAUAUCCACACUCUGUAUUUACUUAAUCCUGUGUGAUUACUGCCUCUGAAUAACCACCUCUUCCUCUGAAAUGUUAGCUGCACUGUAGUGUCCUGCCUUGCCAGUAUUAGGAAUGGACUUCCUACCCCAACUGUCCAGAGCCUACCUGCUGACUUUGACAGCUAUCAGUUAUGAACACAAGACCAUUUGCAUCAGAUUAUUUAGGAAGAUGUAGAGGACAGUGUUAAGUUUUAUAGCUUCUCUUUUGCUCUGAAGCAGAUGGUAAUUAUCUCCUAGCCUAACCGGCAAGGAGAUCUGCAGGGACAACAUGAAUGACCAACUCCUUUUUCAACCACAUGGCUGUCACAGUAAUUAAUUAAUAUAUACACCACAACAGGAUAUGCAUUCCUUGACCACUGGGGCACUCUUGGCCAAGUGCCUGCAUGCACUUAAGAAAUGAAACAGUGUCUCAGGGCUGCAUAUGCUCACAUGGCUGAUUGCCUUUAUCAUGUGGUGUCUUAAUUUAAACCCCUCACAAAGUGUACACUAAGGUUUACAUUGUACAUUAUUUACGAUAGCUUCCUACUGGGAAAAUAGUCCAUAGAGGAACAAGAAGGGAAAAAUCAUAGCGAAAACAUUGUAAACUCUUUUCUUCUUCUAGUUGGAAUAUAUUUAUUUUUAAAUGCAUUCAUUGUAAAGUGUUGUGGACUCUUUAGGACCCCAUCUUGCUCCAUCUAUGCCUUGAAUAGCUUGAUUACUUUCUGAGUAUGUGUCCCAGCAAGAUUUAGCAUGGACCUCACUCAACAGAGAGACUGAAGGGAAGGUGGCUUUUACCCCCACCAUAACUUGGAGCUGGCUAAGGGUUGCUUAACUUACCUCCUGCUAGCCCCCGUUCAGCUGGGUGGGGAUUGCUAGCGCACAAGGUACGCCAGUCAUCCCACGCCUGGCCCCUGCGCAGCCCCAAGCCAAUCCCCUAUGCCAGAAGUGGUUCGCAUAGCACCAGUCACUUGGAACAUGUGGACGCCCCCUUCACCAAUGGAGCAGCUUUGUACUGCUACUGAAGGAGCCCAAAUGGUAUCAUGACGAACAAAGAGAUCAUCUGGGUUCAUGGAAACUAGGGUUUAGGAAAUUCUAAUGGCUGCACAGGUAUGCUUCUGUUUAUAAAUACAUCUCUGUGAAAUUAAAGAGGUCUUUGUUUUCAUUUGCUGUUUGCUCUACAUCUUAAAACAAAUGUAAAUUGACUAAAAGUGCCACAUGCAUCUUGAGAGUUAACUCUCUUUAAUAACAUUUGAUGCUAAAAUACAGGAAGUUCUUUGGAAUAGCAAAGUCAAUUCAGAUCCAUUCAAUAACCAAAGGCAUAAUCUGAAAGACAGUACUAAAGAAAGAACAAUUGUGUGAGCAAUACUAUGUAAGUGUAUCAAACUAUCAAGUAGCAUGUCAGAAUGUUUUUGUUGCCAUAAAGAGCUUUUAACUUGCUAGUACAGCGAGCAAGUGUCUACUUGUCUGUGUACAAUACCAUAUAGAUUACAUACACGAUGUGGAAGGCAGGGUAUAAACCUAAGUUUUUGAUGGCCACUUUACUGAGGACUGGUAAAAACACCCUUAAUAAUUCAUUAAUAUCUCAAACAUGUGUCAAUAAAAUCUUUGUACCAUGCUA